UCUCGCAAGAGCUGCUGCCACUCCACCGACAUGGCGUCGCCCCGCUCCGCCGUCCUGACCGCGUCCGUGCUGCUCGCGUGCACCGCCCUGAUGGCCGCCUUCGUGCCCUCGCCCCUGGCGCCCCGCCCCGCGGCGCAGUCCGUCCCCGCGGCGGCGCUCAGCGCGGCGGCGCUCGCGGCGCCCCCCGCGGCCUACGCGGCGGAGGGCUCGAGCGUGUGGAUCCCAGCGCUGUCUGCCGUGGGCGCGGGCUUCGCCAUCGGCCUCGCCGCCAUCGGGUCGGGCGUCGGCCAGGGCAUCGCCUCGGGCCGCUGCAUCGACGGCAUCAGCCGCCAGCCCGAGGUCGCCGACGACCUCCGCGGGGUUCUGCUCCUGUCCCUCGCCUUCAUGGAGUCGCUGACGAUCUACGGGCUCGUCAUUGCGCUGGUGCUGCUUUUCGCCAACCCGCUGAUCAAAGAGCGGAGAAGCCAGAUCUUCGCGACGCGGCGAUUGCUUAGUUUGCCACCCGGCGCCAGUGCGGCCACAGCAGCCGCAGACGAGACUGGCUGGAAGCUAGUUCUGGGAUCGCCGCUCGAGAACUGGGCGAUCAUCGUGACAGGCCUGCUGCGGCUGGCGCUGCGCCGGGCCAGGUGGCACUGCGAGGGCGAGGCCCUCAAGGCCAGGUUCGCCCAGCUCGAGCAGGCGCUCGCGCAGGCGCAGCAGCAGCAGCAGCAACAGGUCAUCCAGCGGCUGGCAGCUCAGGCGGAGGCCGCCGAGGCCAGAGUUCAGGCGGCAGAGGCUAUGGCUCAGGAGGCUCGCGGGCAAGAGCAGCAGCAACGAGCAGCCCAGCCUGGUGGCCCGCCGCAGGAGACGAACAUAUUGAUUGACACGAGGGUCCUCGGCAAGCCGAACGACUUCAACGGCGAGCCUGGGACCUGGCGUGGCUGGAGCACGAUCUUCCGAGCCUACGCCAGCGCGUGCGAGCCGGCCCUGAAGGAUGCCAUGGACAGGGCCGAGCACGCCGACACGCCGGUGCUGAAUGCGACGCUGCCCGACGACCAGGUGCGCCUCAGCAGCCAGCUCUACUACAUGUUGGUCAUGCUGAACAAAGGGCUCUCGCUGGACCGCAUUGUCAGUGCGGGGGUGAACGAGGGGCUCGAGGCGUGGAUGACCCUGGUCACCUUCCACGAGCCUCAGAACCGCACCCGCGCGGCGGGGCUCUUGCAGGAGUUGCUCUCGUGGGACUUCGAGGGUGACGUCUCCUCGAAGCUGAUCGCGUUCGACAGGAAUGUCAAGCGCUACGAGCAGGCUGUGGGCUCGGAGUUCCCAGACGAGAUCAAGAUAGACAUCCUGGUCCGCUCACUCAAGGAGGGCCCGCUGCGCCACCACCUGCUCCUCAACAGCCAGCGGCUGAACACGUGGGAGCUUGUGAAGGCGGAGGUCGAGAACCUCAGGCGGGCCCAGAUUGCGACGACGGCGAGUGCUGGUACGGGCCCGACCCCGAUGGACAUCGACUCCCUGGCGCGGCAGCUGGCGGCCCUCGGCUUCAAGGGUGGCAAGAACGGCAAGAUCGGCAACGGCAAGGGCAGGAACGGCAAGGCCGGCAAGGGCAAAGGCGCCGACGAUCUGCCGACCAAGCCGUGUCCGAUCUGCGGCAAGACAGGUCAUUGGAAGCGAGACUGCUGGUGGGCCUCGACGGCUGCGUCAGGCAAGGCACCGCCGAAGGGCGGUGGAGGUCGAGCUCGUGGCAGAGGCAAGGGUGAUGCCACGGCUGGUGAUGCACCGAAGCCGAGGCCAUGCUGGACCUGUGGUUCGACAGCGCAUUUGGCCAAGGACUGCCCGGUCGCCAAGAAGGCUGGCGCCCUGGGCGAGAUGGGCGAGCCUGAGCCGCCUGAGGGCUUGGGCGGCCUCUUCCUGGCGGCGCUCGACCUGUCGACCAUGUCCUCGAGCUGCGAGACGGUGCGCUUCGGGAUCAACUCAGGCGCGGCGGUCACGGCGAUCCCGCGCUCGCUGGGGACCGACUACCCGAUCGCGGAGAAGCCGUCGGGAGCGCAGUACCUCAGUGCGACGGGUGAGCCGAUCCCAGACGAGGGCCAGCGCAAGCUCAUGGUGCAGACCGGCGGCGCGUUGCGUGGCAUCAGGGCCCGUGUCAUGGGCGUCAGGCGGCCGCUGCUCUCGGUCCUCGACCUUGUGAAGAGUGGCCGUCGUGUGGUCUUCGAGCAGGGCCAGCGCGGCAACGACAUCAGCCACGCUGUCCACAUCGAGAGUGGUAAGACCGUCCGCUUCGCGCGGAGGCAGCGUACCUGGGACGUGGACGUGAGCAUCGUGCCAGCGAAGGAGGUCACCCAGAUGUCCCAGACCCUCGUGAGGGAGUUGCCGCUCUGCUCGGUCGAGGGUUGCCGUGGCUGCAACAAGCUGCAGGAAAAGAAGCGUUUGUGCCCUUUCGGGCGGCAGGAGUGGUACCUCAUGGAGUUGAUGAUGGACAAGUUGCGACCAUCGAGAGUCACCUCGGCCCAGCCGCAGGUGGCCCUGCCCCGCCAGGUGGAGUCGCCGCGGCAGGGGACGACGGAGUUGGAAGUACAAUCGAGCUCGAGGGUGACGUCGAGGAGCGUCGCGAGUCUCAGCCCGCUCCAGUGCGAGCACGACGGGGGCCGAAGGAGCCUACCCAGGCAGAGAUCGAGCAACGCGAAGCAGCAGGUCACGUACCCUUCAGAGACUGGUGCUACUGCUGCCUGGCUGGGCGUGGCCGUGCCGAUGGUCACCCAGCGGGGCAUCCAGCAUGAGUGCAACGUGGCCCGCGCCUUCAGCCAGGUGGAGGCGACCGGCCACCCGAAGAUCAUCUACAAGUCUGAUGGCGAGGGUGCCUUGGUGGCGCUCAAGCGAGAGGCGACGAUCCGCCUCAGGAAUCUGAAGUUCGAGGUCGUGCCCGAGGAGGCGCCGGCCUACGACGGUGCCAGCGACGGCCUGGCAGAGGUAGCAGUGAGGGAGGUCAAGGGCGUAGCGCGGUCUCUGCGAGUCGCCCUGUCCCUGCUGCACGGCACAGACACCCCUAACGACCAUCCAGUGUUGACUUGGCUGGUUGCCCACGCUGCAGGAUGCAUCAAUCGUGGCAAGGUCGGCGCCGAUGGACGGACGCCGCACGAGAGGCACAAGGGCAAGGCCUUUCGCAAGGUGCUGCCGCCUUUCGGUGAGAUCAUCGUGUUCCUCCCGAGUGCGAGGCGCGACAUCAAGUUCGAGGGGCGCUGGAAGAUUGGAGUCUUCCUGGGCGUCGUCGAGAAGUCGAGCGAGAUGCUCGUCGGCUACGACGGCAGGGUCGUACGUGCGCGGUCUAUCAGAAGGAGACCGCCGAGCCAGCGGGCCGAUGCAGCCCUGUUGCUUUCGAUCAGGGGCGCGCCGUGGAUGCCGACCCCGGACAAGCCAGAGAACGUCCGCAUCCCGACGGUCAUCGACGAACCCCCAGUCGACCCCGCUGCACAGCAGCCGAGGGUCGUGCCAGAGCAGGUUCCAGCUGGGCCUCGGAACGUAUACAUUCGCAGGAACGUGGAGCUGGCCAAGCACGGUUUUACAGACAGGUGCCCGGGCUGCUUUGCGGCCCGCACCAACGCACCAGCCAAGGCCCACAGCUCGGAGUGCCGUGAGCGCGUCCAGCAGGCCAUGGCGAACGACCCGGAGCUCGCCCCCCGCGUCUUCGGAGCGGCGGCCCGUCAGCUGGGGGCUGCUGACAGGGUGCCUGUCAAUCGGGAGGGCGCGGGCUCCGGGGCAUUGCCGCAGGCAGCCGCCCCGGCCGAGGCGCCGAUGGAGAUUGGGCGACCUGGCCGACGAGCUGCUGCGCGUCGAGGCUCACCCGCGGAGUUGCCGCAGGCUUCGAGGCGCCGCCUCGCGGCGCCAGGUGGCCCAGCACCCCUCGCGCCCGCGAUCAGCGGUGAGCAGCCGGGGGCGCCAGCGCAGGCGCCAGCCACACCGCAGGCGCAGGCUGCUGGGCCGGGCGGGCUUCUGCAGGCGCCGCCCGGAGCUGGGGGUGCCAUGGGCGCGGGCUCGCUGGAGCUCUGCGCGCUGCUGGCGGCUUUCGGCGAGUGGAGGGUGGCCGUCAGCGAGCUGUGCGGACCAGGGCGUUUCACGUCUCGGUCGAGUGCUUUCGAUUUCGAGCCCGGCACAGCCUACGACAUCAGGACCGGCUGCGAUUUCAGCCAGGAGGGCGACAGGCAGCGGGCGCUGGCCACUAUCGAACUGGAGCAGCCACUGCUGAUCACCGGCAGCCCGAUGUGUGCGCCGUGGUCGAACCUGCAGGCCCUUAACGUCAUCCAGGGCGUGGACGUCAACGCCAUCAUGGAGCGAGGCGUCGUCCACCUGGUCUUCUGUGCUGAGCGCUACAAGGAGCAGGUCAAAGCUGGCCGCCUCUUCUUGCACGAGCAGCCAGCAUCAUCGAGGAGUUGGCGUCUCUGGAUGAUCCGAGAGGUCGCCGAGAUGCCAGGAGUACACUACGUCGAGUGCGAUCAAUGUGCGCAUGGGUUGUGGUGCACUGAUGCCAUCGGCCCGGCACCGGUCAAGAAGCCUACGGGGUGGUUGACCAACUCUGCCGAGAUAGCCCGAGAGCUGACGCGUCGGUGUCCUGGGUGUGCUAGGCAUUGCCAGACGGUCGGUCUAGGUCGGCGUGGCAUGCGCAUCAUCGAGCGGUACCCACCGAGGCUUGUGGCUGCGGUGCUGCGUGGGCUGCGUCGUGAGGCGAUUGCUCGCGGCCAGCUGGGUGCGCUGGAGGCUGGGCCGCAUCUGGACGAGCCGCCGGUCUGGGACGCCUACCCAGAGUACCACGCGGAGAUCGUCGACAACAUCGGCGGGGCCGCUCUGGACCCCGAGCUCGUGGCAGCUGGCCGCAAGGAGGAGAUGGAGUUUCUGCGCGGCCUGGGCGCCUACGUGCACGACGCCAAGCAGCGCUGCCGCGAGGAGACCAGGCGCGACCCGGUGCCCAUGAUCUGGGUGGACGUCAACAAGGGUGACGACCGCAAGCCCACCGUCCGCUGCAGGCUGUGCGUGGCGGAGACGCGCUACCGCACGAGCAUGGACCUGGGGGGCCCCUCGCAGACGUUCAGUGCGACACCCCCGUAUGAGGCUCUCAGGAUGUUGAUUUCCUUCUGCUGCUCGCCCAGGAACGCCGAGGAGGACCAGCACGUCCUCAUGUUCCUGGACAUCACGAGGGCUCACCCGCACUGCGAGAUGAAGCGGCAGUUGUGGGUGAAGCUGCCUGCGGAGGACCCCCGCUCAGCUGAGCCCAACGUGCUCGGGCUGCUGGUCAGGUGCCUCUACGGCUGCCGCGACGCAGGCCAGAACUUCGAGCUGUUGGUCCGUGAGACGCUGGAGGGCAAGAUGGGCUUCUCCUGCGGCGUGUGGUGUCCCUGCAUAUACCGAAGAGGCGACGGCAAGCUCGCGGCCUACGUCUACGGCGACAACUUCGUGCUGAAGGGCUCCCGCACCGACAACCUGGAGUUCUACCGCAAGCUGCAGAAGUACAUGUGGGUCAAGCUCGAGGGCAUGUCGGGGCCCAACAAGAAUGCUGGUGAUGUUCAGGAGGUGGUCUGCCUGAACCGCGUCUUCCGUUGGACCUCGAGAGGUGACGUGGAGCUCGAGGCUGACUCGCGCCAUGCGCUCAUCAUGAUGCAGCAGCUGAACCUCUGGCGCGGGUCGAAGGCCCUCUCGACGCCAGGAGUGGAGGCCAAGAGUGUGGAUCGCGGCAGAGUCCUGGAGGGCGAGGAGGCGACUCGCUACCGCAGCCUGGUCAUGCGAGCCAGCUUUCUCAGCGAGGACCGCCCGGACAUCAAGCACGCAGUCACAGAGGCAGCGAAGUGCAUGCACGAGCCGUGCGAGCACGGCAUGGAGCUAGUCAAGAGGAUUGCCAGGUAUCUCCUUGGCCGUCCGGGACUGGUUCAGAGGUUCCGACGCCAGCGCUGGUCAGGUGUGCUCAAGGGCUUCUCGGACAGUGACUUCGCGGGCUGCCUGGAGACCAGGAAGAGCACGAGCUGCGGAGUCUCCCAGCUGGGAGAUCACAUGAUCAAAGUCUUCAGCGCGACUCAGGGCAGUGAAGCUCUCAGCUCAGGUGAGGCCGAGUGGUAUGCUCUAGUGCACGCAGCGUCCUGUGGGAUCGGCCUGGUCUCGCUGGCGCGUGACAUGGGGUGCGAGCUGGAGUUGUGGGCGGGGCGCAUCCGACACAUCGAGACGAAGACUCUGUGGCUCCAGCGUCAUGUGAUCGAGCCUCGUGCCAUCCUUUCUAAGACGCUCGGCAAAGUCAAUGUGGCAGAUCUCGGCACGAAGCAUCUGGCGCAAAAUGAGCUGGAUGAGAUGCUGGGACUGCUGGGAUUUUUUGUGGCUGCGGGCAAGUGUGACCUCUCUCUCGCGGUCGCAGGCAACUUUCUUGAGCCUGACCUAGCUUGCGAGCCCGAGGGCAAAGGGGAGGUGCAG